GUGUAGAGUGUAGUAAACAGUGAUGAACAAUAGCUAAACAAAAUGGAAUCUUCUUCUCCUCUGCAUAUUUGCAGCACUUGUAAAAUCUCCUCACCUAUCUUCAACCGCUCAUAUGCUUUUUUUCACUUCACUGCUUUGAUAUUCUUCAUUUAUUACCGACUCUCUUAUUUUCUGUUUCCAAACCCUACUCUGCUUCAUACUUUACUCUUUACCUCCGAGCUUCUACUUUCUUUUAUUUGGCUUUGCGGCCAAGCUUUUCUAUGGAGACCCGUUUCUCGAACUGUUUAUCCGGAGAGGUUACCGGAGAACAAAGAGCUUCCGUCUAUUGAUGUGCUGAUAUGCACUGCUGACCCCAAGAAGGAGCCGCCGUUUGAGGUUAUGAACACGGUUCUAUCUGCUCUGGCGAUGGAUUAUCCGCCGGAUAAGCUUGCUGUGUAUCUUUCUGACGAUGGAGGAUCUUCUUUGACAUUAAAGUGUAUGAGAGAGGCUUAUGGUUUUGCUAGGUACUGGCUUCCUUUUUGUUUAAGGUUUCGGAUUAAGAAUCGGUGUCCCAAGGUUUAUUUUGCAGCCUCUGAAGAUGAUCUUCUGAAUAGUUACAACGUGGAGUAUGCAGAGGAAAAGGAGAAGAUUAAGAGAAAAUAUGAGCAGUUUAAAGAUAGAGUUAAGCAAGCAGAAGAGAAUGACUAUGAGAAGGAGGAAGGAAGCAACAUUGACAAUGAUGAUCAUCCUCCGGUAAUCCAGGUGAUAAAUGAGGAAUCUAAUAAUGAAUUAGAUAUCAAUCAAGUACAAGUACCUCUUCUUGUCUAUGUUUCUCGUGAGAAAAGGCCUAAUCAUACGCACCAUUUCAAAGCUGGAGCACUUAAUGUUCUUCUAAGGGUGUCGGGAAUCAUGACAAACUCACCUUACAUGUUAGUAUUGGAUUGUGACAUGUACUGUAAUGAUCCAACAUCUGCUAGACAAGCAAUGUGUUUCCAUCUUGAUCCACAGAUUUCCCCUUCACUUGCUUUUGUCCAAUUUCCUCAAAAGUUCCAUAACAUUAGUAAGAGUGACAUCUAUGAUUCACAGUUGAGAACAUUAUUUGUUAUAAGGUGGCCAGGUGUGGAUGGACUUCAGGGUCCAAUUUUAUCUGGAACUGGCUUUUAUAUGAAGAGAAAUGCACUGUAUGGUAAUAUUUCAGAGAAAGGUGUAGAGCAGCUAAAACGAAUAUUUGGUCACUCAAAUGACUUUAUAAUGUCAGUUCAUAAUAGCAGCCAACAGAAGAUUCUUGACAACACAGGCUCAUCAAGUAAACUCUUGCAAGAGGCACAGUUUUUGGCCAAAUGUACAUAUGAGCAGGACACUCUUUGGGGUCAACAGAUAGGAUUCUUAUAUGAAUCUGUAGUAGAAGAUUUCUUUACUGGGAUGAUAUUGCAUUGUAGAGGAUGGAAUUCAGUUUUAUGUAAUCCUUCAAGGGCAGCAUUCGCGGGCACUGCUACAACAAAUUUGAAUGACACCUUAAUCCAAAACACAAGAUGGCAAUCUGGGUUGAUGGAGGUCACCAUCUCUCGGUUUUGCCCUUUCAUUUAUGGGAUAUCAAGAAUGUCUUUGCUUCAGACAAUGUGCUAUGGUUGCCUUGCUCUCCAGCCACUAUAUUCCUUUCCCUUGUGGUGCUUGGCUACUCUGCCUCAACUCUGUCUCUUCAAUGACAUCCCCAUCUAUCCUAAGGUUUCGAGUUCGUGGUUUAUGAUAUUUUCCUUCAUAUUCGUAGCGUCUUUGUUGAAACAUUUAGAAGAGGUCCUAUCCUCAGGAGGUACAGUCAAAACCUGGUGGAAUGAGCAACAUAUUUGGAUGAUAAAAGCUGUGACAGCAUAUACAUAUGGCAGUUUAGAUGCAAUCUUGAAAUGGGUUGGAAUAAGAAAGGCCAGUUUUAUUCCAACAAAUAAAGUUCCAGAUGAAGGAAAAAUCUCAUUAUACCAAAAGGGAAAAUUUAAUUUCCAAACUUCAACAAGGUUACUUGCUCCUAUAACUACAUUGGUAGUUUUGAACAUGAUUUCUCUAAUCAUAGGAGUUGCUAGAAUGUUAAUAUCAGGAAAUUGGAGCAGCAUGUUUGGACAAGUUUUCCUUUCGUUUUACAUCGUUGUGGUGAAUUUUCCGGUCAUCGAAGGGAUGCUUCUGAGGAAAGACGAGGGAUGUAUUCCGUUUCUUAUAUCCCUCUUAUCUCUAGCAUUGGCCCUCACCUUCUUGUACAUAGGAUCUAUGGUCCUUUAGUACUAUUUGGUUGUGCCAAAUUAGAACUUUUUUAGAUCAACUAUAGCACAAAUGGGUUUAAUUCUCUCUCUGUGUGUCAUUGUCUCUGUUCAUUUAAAGAAGAAAAAAAGCAAUUGAAAAUUCA